GGCACUGCAUCAUCCAUCAAAACAACCACCCCUGAUGCCAGACUCUGCCAGUGUCCAUGUGCAGUAAUUUAUCUUGGCUACUGCUUCAGAUCGCCGAACUGCGCUCCAUGUCCAAGCACCACAAUAUCAACAACCAUAUUAUUGGAUACUAUAACAACAGUGGCAGACACAACAACCAUAUCUAGAGAUACUACCACAUCACAAGACAGAUUAUUAUCCACUGUUUCUUCCACAACAUUACUAGAAAUAACAAGCCAACAGGAUAUUACUACGACACCACUGGAAAUUACUCCUACACCAUCAGACAUAACCACAAAAGUCCAAGACACAACCAGCACAAUGUCACAUGAAACGAUGAAAUCACAAGAAACAGCCACUACAUUUGUAGGUACUACUGAAUCAAAACAAGACAUAAGCACUACAACUACUAGCACAGUGUCAACAACAAAAGAAACAACAGUGAUAACUUUGGGAGAAACAAAAGAAUUUACUUCAGAGGGCAUGUCGGGGAAGACUACAGAUGAAACUGAGGGAACAAUAACAAUAUCAAGCAAAGAAACUACAGGGGCGCCAACUACAACAGAGGGAACAAUACAAGAUACUACAAGGAAGGACACUGAGGUGACACUUUCAUUAGAAAACACUGAGGCUACAACAGGGGUCACCGAGUUAACAAAAGAGGAAACUGCCAUAUCAAGGCAAACUACAACUGAAACAACUACGGUUGCUAUAGGAUUAGCAACAGGAGAAACUACAUUGUUAACAAGUUCAUUAACAACAGCAGUAACAUCAGGAGAAACUACACCAGGAAAAACAACAACACUCACAACUCUAGCAACAACAGGUGUAACAUCAGGACAAACUACGGGGUUAACAUCAGUAGAAACAGUAAGGUUAACAUCAGACAUAACCACAGGAAAAUCAACUAAAGCAACAACAGUGCUAACAGGAUCAACAACAGAGGUAACAUCAGAUCAAGCUACAGGGGUAACAACAGAAGCAACUACAGGGAUAACAAGGACUGUGACUUCCGUACUGAUAUCAGAAGAAACUACAGGGGUAACAACUAUAGCAACAACAGGGCUAGCAUCAGAAGAAACUACAAAGGUAACAACAGCAUCAUCGACAGGGGUAACAUCAGGGGAAACAAUAGGGAUAAUAUCAGAAGAAACAACAGCAGUCACAACAGGAGACACUACAGGGGAAACACCGGGAGAAACAACAGCAGUCACAACAGGAGUGAUAUCAGGGCAAACUACAGGGUUAACAACUACAGCAACAGCAGGGCUAAAAGCAUCAACAGCAGGGGGCAAACUACAGGGGUAA